AUGACGACCAGAUACAGAGUUGAAUAUGCACUCAAGACUCACCGUCGCGAUCAACUGAUCGAAUGGAUCAAGGGGCUGCUGGCCGUGCCAUUCGUGCUACACUCGCAGCCGACCGCCGUGUUUGAGCCUCGCCAUGGGAGCACCGAGGAAAUGGCCUCGAUUGCCCACCGCAGAUAUGCCGAAAUCUUGCGUGAUGUAGAAGAACUUAUCAACGACCACAUUGCCCACCAAAGAGCGGGCACCGAGAACCACUCGAAGCUCAGGCUCCUCGUCCCCGCCGUGUCCAAAUUCUUCACGCCAUUGCUCCUCCAUGAUGCCUUCGUCUACCAAGAUGCUCGCCGCUUCAUCAGUCACCGCCGCUUUGUGGCCCCUUCGUUCAACGAUAUCCGGAUCAUUCUCAACACUGCCCAAGUCAUGUCUCUGGUCCGCGCUGGUCCCUUGCAGCUUGUCACAUUCGAUGGAGAUGUAACGCUUUACGAUGACGGCCAAUCACUGACUCCAGACAACCCCAUCAUCCCGCGGAUCCUCGGCCUCAUGCGCAACGGCACGAGCAUCGGCAUAGUGACUGCAGCCGGCUACACCGAAAGCCGGCGAUACUACGAGCGCCUGUAUGGUCUUCUAGACGCGAUCCACUCCUCAGACCUGCCCGCGCACCUCAAGCAAAACAUCAUCGUGCUCGGAGGCGAGAGCAGCUACCUCUUCAAGUACUCCGAUGAUGCGCCGAAUCUGCUCAAGUUCGUCCCACGCAAGGAGUGGAUCCUGGAAGAGAUGCAAUCCUGGACCGAGGAAGACGUCACCGCUCUGCUCAACGUAGCGGAGGCGGCCUUGAAGGAAUGCGUAAACAACCUGCGUCUCCCGGCCCAGCUGAUCCGGAAAGAGCGUGCCGUGGGUAUUAUUCCUGCCCCUGGUGGCCGGUUCACACGAGAGCAGCUCGAAGAGACGGUAUUGGUAACGCAGAAGAUCCUUGAAAUGUCGGACGUCGGCCAGCGGCUUCCCUUCUGCGCCUUCAACGGCGGCAACGACGUCUUCGUCGACAUCGGCGACAAGUCCUGGGGCGUGCUGUCCUGCCAGCGCUUCUUCGGCGGCAUCGACGGCAGCAAGACACUGCACGUAGGGGACCAAUUCCUCUCGGCCGGGGCCAACGAUUUCAAGGCCCGACUGGCGUGCACGACGGCCUGGAUCGCGAACCCGACUGAGACAUGCCAGCUGCUGGACGAGACGGCGGAGUUGGAUGCGCUGCAACAGCGUAAGACGGUUUAG